AUGGGAAAGAAGAACAAGAACAGCCAGGUUGCCGCCGUUGAGGCUCCUGUCCGAGCAGGACCUCAAGGCGGCAUCCUCUUCGAGGCCUCUGAGCAGGUACUCGACUCCACCCUUGAACAGACCAGGCUCGGACAUGUUAGCAAGCCCUGGUCUCGACACGCAUGGGAGAGGGCUAUCCCCUGGGUACUCUCCCAGCGACAGAAACUUGAAGGUGUCGGUGGCUGGUCCCACGGACAGACUCAGAGGACUGAGCUCUUCGUCCUCAAGAGGCUCGCGCCCAGUGGUGUCUACACCGAGGACGGCUACCUCUACGUUCCCAUUCCCAAGAAGAUGAUCGACUUCAUGCGGACUGCGCGGAAGAACAACGCCGCCGACAACGAAGACGAAGACAAGGAAGAGGAGUCCAACGACAAGAAGAAGGCUCCUUCCAGGAUCUCCAAGAAGCGAGAGGCCAGGUACCACUACGACAUGAGCGACCCCAAUGUCUGGAAGAUCAAGAUCGACGGUGCCGACAGCGAGGAGCCUGGCAAGGUACCCAACGUCCAGGUCGAUGUCACUGAGCCCCUCGAGAACAUCUUCAACCUCGUCCAGUGCCUUCAGCCUGGUCUCCUCCGCCUCUUCGCUUGGAGGGAGAAUGUCAUCCAGCAGGGCACCCACGAGGUUGACGUCCGUGAGGAUGCUGAGCCACCUACUGCUAGGCACCGAGCCAUGAUUGCCGAGUCCGAGUCUUACACUCGGGUUCUCCCCCCUGCCUACUGGUUCAAGCGAAACCGCGACGAGCUCUCUAGGAUCCUCGGCGAAGGCUUCGAGCCUACCUUGAAGGCGGCCGAAGACGAGGAUCGAACCACCACUAGGACCAUCAAGUCCGUCGAAGAGAAGGUCUGGGAAGAAGUCAUCAAGGUCCAGGAGAAAGCCGUCAAGAAGACGCAGAAGAAGAAGAACGCUACCAAGGGUGCCAAGGCUGCGGCCGCCGUUGCCCCUGCUGCCGAAGAGCAUACUGCCUCUCCGGUCGCCUCUGCUGCCUAA